CAGCUGGAGCCUGUUUGGCUGAGGGCAAAGCUAGGGAGAGAGGUUCCCCUGAGUCAGCACCUUGGGAAGAAGAUAAACUGGUUGGGAUGCUGCACCAGCGACAUCAGCCGGAUCUUCUCAAUUUCAAGAAGGGAUGGAUGUCCAUCCUGGACGAGCCAGGAGAGUGGAAGAAACAUUGGUUCGUGCUGACCGACUCGAGCCUGAGGUAUUACCGGGACUCGAACGCAGAGGAGGCUGAUGACCUGGACGGGGAAAUCGACCUGCGGUCCUGCACGGAUGUGACGGAGUUCGCGGUGCAGCGCAACUACGGCUUCCAGAUACACACAAAGGAUGCCGUCUUCACCCUGUCAGCGAUGACCUCUGGCAUCCGGCGCAACUGGAUCGAGGCCCUGAGGAAGAAUGUGCGCCCAGUCAGUGCUCCAGAUGUCACCAAACUCCCGGACUGUGACAAGGAGAACUUGCGUAACUCUGCUCCCCAGAAGGGCUCGCUGCGGGCGGAGGAGCAGCAGCGGCCGGGCUCGGGCUCCGAGGGGAACUCCAAGGGCACUCACUGGAAGGCGGAUGGGCAGCGCCAUGCCUUCGACUACGUGGAGCUGUCUCCCUUGCCACAGGACCCUGGAAACCAGGGCUCCCUGCAGAGGACGAAAGGGAGCCUGAGGAUCUCGGAGCGAGCUCCCAAGUACGAGGAGCUGGAGCGGGAUCUGGCCAUGCGUUCGGAGGAGAGGCGGAAAUGGUUCGAGAGCCCCGACGGCCGGGUCCCCAACAGCGAGGGCCCCGCAGGAGACCCUUCCCGCAGGGCUGGGGAGCAGGACCUCCCCACUGCUCCCCUGUCAGAGGAGCAGCGGGCUCGUCUGAACGAGGAGAUAGAGAAGAAGUGGCUGGAGCUGGAGCGCCUGCCCUUGAAGGACUUGCGGCGGGUGCCCUUGACAACACUGCUGAACCAGAGCAAGGGGGGCCAGGGAGACACCAGUGAGGCGCUGAAAAAGGAGAUCCAGUCACUUCGGGCACAGCUGGAGUCCUGCCGGGCCAGAAAUGAGAGCCUUCGGGAGGCAGCAAAGUCCCAGGGGGACAGCCAUGUGCCCCGAGGGUACAUCUCACAGGAGGCCUGUGAGCGCAGCCUGGCUGAGAUGGAGUCAUCCCACCAGCAAGUGAUGGAGGAGCUGCAGAGGCACCACCAGCGGGAGCUGGAGCGGCUGCGGCAGGAGAAGGAGCGGCUCCUGGCAGAGGAGGCAGCAGCAACAGCAGCAGCCAUUGAGGCACUGAAGAAAGCCCACCGGGAGGAAAUGAACAAGGAGCUGGGCAGGACACGGAGCUUCCAGCAAUGCAGCUCGCUCCCAGAAGCCCUCCAGAAGCAGCACCAGUUGGACGUGGAGUCGCUGAAGCGGGAACUGCAGGUGCUUUCUGAGCAGUAUUCCCAAAAGUGCCUGGAAAUCGGGGAGCUCACCCAGAAGGCAGAAGAGCGGGAGCAGAUCCUGGAGCGCUGUCAGCGCGAGGGAAAGGACCUCCUCCAGAAAAACCAGGAGCUGCAGACCCGCCUCUCGGAUGAGAUCGGGAAGCUGCGGAGCUUUAUUUCGUCGCGGGGCUCUGGGGACCGCGCUUCGCACAACAACGAGCGGAGUUCCUGCGAGCUGGAGGUGCUGCUGCGGGUGAAGGAGAACGAGCUCCAGUACGUAAAGAAGGAGGUGCAGUGCCUCCGGGAGGAGCUGCAGAUGAUGCAAAAGGACAAGAGAUUUGCCUCAGGGAAAUACCAAGAUGUCUAUGCCGAGCUGAAUCACAUUAAGGUGCGCUCGGAGCGUGAGAUCGAGCAGCUGAAGGAGCACCUGCGCCUGGCCAUGGCAGCUCUGCAGGAGAAGGAGUCGCUGUGCAACAGCAAGUAACGGUCUGCUCUACGUUUGUUAUCUGUUCCUGUUUUGUAUUUGCUCCAUUCCUCACUUGUGGGGAGAGGGAGGUUGAAUCCCCAUCCGUUACCACCUUGUCGAGGAAUCCCACACACCCCCGACCUCCUCACUCCACUCCCAAAGCUUUUUUGAUGAACCCUUUUUUGCCUGCAUACCUGAGCACAUUGUUGGGACUGGCUCCUUACAUGCACCUUCUUCAGGAUUUUAUAUGUGAAAAUUAUAUUUUAUAGAGGAAUUUUUUUCCCUAUGGAAAGGAGGGGAAGAGGAGGAGGAAAACUUUUACUACAUCACCAGCAUUUUUCUAACCUGAGAAAGAGAACCUGGUUUAUCCCCUUUUCCUAGCCCCGUUUCUCCUGGCCACACAGAGCCACCUUUGGCACGUAUUCCCUCUCUCCCAAAUGUCUCCACGGUGCCCCUGGGAUGUACGGCAAGGACCAUGCUCCCCCUCCCCGUGCCACCCCCAGGGACCUGCAGAGAGGACACACAAGCCAUAGGAGGGAGCUGCUGGGGCAACCUGCCAUGGAUGUGCUCGCCUGAGACGGUUGAAAGAGGACACCUUGGCAAGAGUCCGCAUGACCGAGCUCUCUCUCCGUGCCUGCCCUUUUGGCUCCUGCAAGAACCUGAGCUGGCAGGAGCCCAGAGCCACGGGGCUUCUCCUUUCUGGGGAAGAGGAGCUGUGAGGCUGCUGCUGCACCCGCCCGAGCCAACCCUCCCCAAGGUGGCAGCUGCUGCUGCUCCGCUGUGCCCUUCAACUUUUAACUUAAUAAAAUCUUCCCCUUUGGCUGAGGAAAAUGUGUUCCUUGAGAAG